AUGCAAGAUCUAAAAACAUAUCUCGCUGUGGCACCUUUACUAAGUACUCUGGUAUGGGGCUUUAGCAGGUUUACUGAAAGAAAUUAA